AUGGAUCUUCAGCUCGUGAUUCAACAACACCAAGAGGCCUUCGAGGCUACGCCAAAGGACCACCCCGAGUGGGGAGAUCGGCUCCAGGAUCUCGCAGAUAGAUAUCAUGAAAGAUACCUUGAGUCAGGAGCUGAACAGGACCUAGACUUGGCUAUUCAAGCAUUUCAGCAGCUCCUCGAAGCUACUCCAAAAGAUCACCCACGGUGGCCAGGUCGGCUGCAAAAUCUCGGGAUUGUGUAUUGCGAUCGAUACGAAAGAUCAGGAACCGAGAUAGAUCGAGACUUAUCUAUUCAAUACUUCCAAGAGGGGGUGGAUGCUACACCACAUGAUGACCCAAACCGGGCAGAUCGACUUCAGAACCUUGGGGUUUUAUACUUCAAGAUAUCCCAGAGAACAGGAAGCGAUGAAGAUAUAGAUCUAGCCAUGGAUCAUUUCCGGAUGGCACUUGAGGCUACACCAGAGGAUGACCCAAAGUGGCUCAUUCGACUUGAAUGUCUUGGAGGUGGAUACCAUGAAAGCCACCAAGCAGAAGAUGAUGAUGCCGACCUAGAACUGGCCAUUCAGAUUCAACAAGAGCAAGAUAAACUUGACGCUAUAUCAAAUGACCAUCCAAAUUGGUCAAAUCAGCUCCAAACUCUUGGUAAAAGGUAUCAUACUAGAUACCUAGGAAGUGGGGUCUAUAAAGAUAUAGAGCUGGCUAUUCAACGAUACAAAGAGGCCCUCGACGCAACACCAAAAGACGACUCAGAUUGGGCAAUUCGGCUCCAUGCACUUGGAAGUGGAUAUCAUGAUAAAUACCGAAGAGCAGGAGAUAAGACAGACCUAGAGCUGGCUAUUCAACAAUAUCAAAGCGCCCUUGAGGUUACACCAAAAGACCACUGGCACCCAGAGCAGGCAGGCCGGUUUCAUAGUCUUGGAAAUGCUUAUCAUGAUAGAUACCUCAGCACAGGGGCUGAGGCUGAUCUAGUGUUAGCUAUCGACCAGUGCCAAAAAGCCCUUGAGGCGACACCAAAAAACCACCCAGGGUGGGCAGGUUGCCUUCAGGAUCUUGGAAAUGGAUACCGUGAGAGAUACCUCAGAACAGGAGCUGAGUCAGAUCUAGAGCUGGCCAUCCAAAAAUAUCAAGAUGCCCUUCUGGCUACACCAAAGGACCAUCCGGACUGGGCAACUCGGCUCCAGCAUCUUGGCAAUGGCUACCAUGAUAGGUAUAUACGAAGAGGAGCUGAGACAGAUCUAGAGUUGGCAAUUCAACAAUAUCAGGAUGCCGUUCAGGCUACAUCAAAGAGCCCUCUAUUGGCUCAGCAGCCUCACCUGCAGAAUCUUGGGAGUGGAUAUCUUGAGAGGUAUAAGAGAACAGGAAAUGGGAAAGAUCUAGAGCUAGCUAUCAAAACCUGGCUAGAGGUCCUGGAGGCUGAACCAGGCGACCACCUAGAUCGGGCAGGUCAGCACCAGAAUAUUGGAAGCGGAUACCGUGAGAGAUACCUGAGAACAGGGUCUAUGAUGGAUCUAGAACUGGCUAUUCAACAAGCUCAGGCUGCCCUCAAUGCUACACCAAAGGAUCAUCCAGAUCAGGCAGGUCGUUUACAGAAUCUUGGUAACGGAUACCACGAUAGAUACAUACGAACAAGAGCCAAGACAGACCUAGAUCUGGCUAUUCGACAAUAUCAAGACGCCCUUGAGGCUACAUCAAAAGUUGAAGACCACCCAGACCGGGCAGCUCACCUCCAGAAUCUUGGAUAUGGAUACCGUGAGAGAUACCAUAUGCAGAACAAAAAAGCUAAACCAGAUCUGGAGCUAGCUAUUCAAUACUUCCAGGAGGCCCUUGAGGCAACACCAAAGGACCACCCAGAUCGGGCAAGUCAGCUCCAAUCUCUCGGUACUGGAUACUAUGACAGAUACCUCGCAGGAGACGAAACAGAUUUUUCGGAUUUGGAGCUGGCAAUUCAAUACUUCCAGGAGGCCCUCGAGGCAACACCAGAAACCCACCCAGAGCGGGCAGAUCGGUUCCAGAAUCUCGGCAACGUAUAUCAAGAGAGAUACUCAAGAACAGGAUCUAAGACAGAUCUAGAGCUAGCUACUCAAGCCUUUACGACGGGAUUUGAUUAUCCUUUAUCUCUCACGCCUGUUCGCAUAGACAUUAGCAUCAAGUUAAUCUCACUACAGCUUAUAGCCGGCAAUUGGUCAUCGGCAUAUGAAACCUCAUCUGCUGCAAUGUCUCUCAUAUCUCAGCUCACACCUCGCUCUCUCGAUAUUUCAGAUAAGCAACACCUGCUCGUUCAAGUGAGUGGUGAAGCUUCAGAUGCGGCCGCGAUAGCCCUGAUGGUAGGGAAACCUCCAUAUGAGGCCUUGCGAUUGCUUGAGCUUGGCCGUGGGGUCAUUCUUGAUUCCAUAAAUGAAAUGCGGAUCGACAUGUCCGACCUUCAACAGGAACAUCCUCAGUUAGCAGAAGAAUUCAUCCAACUUCGGGAUCAAUUGAAUGCGCCAACUCCCUUAGUUGAUCAGACUGGUAUGCAGACGGCGAUAGCCCACCAUCUUAAUCAACGUCAUAAUGCCAGCGAGAAACUGGAGACCACAAUUCAGACCAUACGGUCCUUACCCGGCUUCGAUAGAUUUCUCAUGGCCCCGUCUGAGGAAGAAAUCAAGGCAGCCGCCAGCUUAGGACCGAUUGUGAUCAUAAAUAUCAGCAUGAAUCGAUGUGAUGCACUGAUAGUUGACAAAAACGAGCUCAAGUCCCUACCACUGCCUGAUCUUAAGUACACCGAUGUUCAAGUUCGAGCAGCUGAUCUAAGGAAUAUGGGUACGCCGGAUGUACGUUUACUGGAAUGGCUCUGGGACAUGAUUGCAAAGCCCAUUCUUGACGCGCUAGGACUCACCACAGCGCCUGUUGACCACUUGCCUCGAAUUUGGUGGAUUCCAACUGGGCCUCUGGCUCAACUUCCUAUCCACGCAGCAGGGUAUCAUUUCCACGGUUCCAACACUGUCAUAGAUCGAGUGAUUUCGUCUUAUAGCUCUUCUAUCAGUGCACUUUUGCAAAAUCGCCGUCGACAUGUUACUCCUGUUAAGGAAAGGGGUUUGCAAAAAGCCGUUCUAGUUGGUGUAGGGAAAACACCCGGUCUCAAAGACCUUUCAUUUGUGCCACUAGAGAUGGAAAGGGUGGAGCACCUUUGUAGCUCCUUGAAGCUCAAAGUAUCCAAACCUCAGCCUUACCGAGAAGAUAUUCUUUCCGCUUUAAAUGACUGCGAUUUAUUCCAUUUUGCCGGUCACGGUGAAAGUGACCCCACAGAUCCGUCAAAAAGCUCUUUGGUUCUGCACAGCGAGCCAUUAGUAGUAUCAGAUCUCUUCGAGACCAACCUCCUUGACCGCAUGCCAUUCCUCGCCUACCUAUCAGCAUGCGGAACCGGACAAGUCAAGAAUGAUGUGCUUAUCGACGAGGCGCUUCAUCUGAUCGCCGCAUAUCAGAUUGCUGGCUUCCGACAUGUUAUUGGGACCUUAUGGGAGGUCAACGAUAGAUCAUGUGUGGAGGCUGCAACAACAUUAUACAAUUGCUUGCAUGAGAGAAGUAUGAGUGACGAGUCCGUUAGUGAAGGUCUUCAUCGCGCAACCAUGAAUCUCCGUGAGCUAUGGAUUUCGGACAGUAUAACUAGAGCAGAUAAUCGGAAGGCACUUCAAGUUUCACAAGAUACUAGAAAUGCUUCAAUGAUGACGAAGCAAGGACUUUCAUGCGAAACUGGGAUGCGAGAUUUAAGAACCGCGGAAUUAUAUGAGCAUUUGCCACUAAAUUGGGUCCCUUACGUUCAUUUUGGCAUUUAG